AUGGAGGUGCAGAUACAGCCACAAGUCCUCUCCAAGGCGGUGGACAUAAUUGUCCCCUCAACCACCACGACCGACUCAAACGUGACCGUCACACCCGUGCCCGCCGCCCUGAUUGACAAGACGUUCUCCUCCUCUACGUCACUGACAACGACGGUCCUCGGGGCCUCGAUCGUUUCAUUCUCCGACGAAUACUUCGCCUCGGCCGCGAACCUGCUUACGCCCACCCCGCCGAUUCGCAGGGCGGGAUACUUUGUGCACACCGGCGCGUGGUACGACGGAUGGGAGACUAGAAGACAUAACCCGAAGAAAUUUGACUGGGUGGUGAUCAAGCUGGGAUGUGUGGGGCGGAUUGAAGCCGUCGAAGUCGACACUGCGUAUUUCAACGGCAACGAGGCGCCUUUUGCGGGGUUGGAUGGGUGUUUUCUCACUCCAGAACAAGAACACGGCAGCGGGGUUGACAAGGAGGACUUUCAGGGCUGGAGUGAGGUCCUACCACCCUCGAAGUGCGGACCCAACCAACGGCAGGCUUGGAAGGUGUCUGGGCCUGGAGUUACGGGCAAAGGGUUCACACAUUUGAGGCUGAAACAAUAUCCAGACGGUGGCAUUGCCCGGUUGAGAGUCUAUGGCCAAGUCGCCCCUCCGCCGCUGCCGGCGAGUGCAGCUGCGGGCGAGAGGCCUCUAGAAGACCUCGCUUACGCGCUGAACGGCGGGGUGGCAAUUGAAUGCUCCGACCAGCACUUCGGUGGCAAGUCGUACCUGCUCCUGCCCGGACGCGGGAAAGACAUGGGCGACGGAUGGGAGACUGCUCGUAGCAGGGCAAAGGGCCACACAGACUGGGUUAUUGUCAGGUUGGGAUUGAAGGGACGGAAGAUCGAGAAGGUCGUCGUCGACACCAAGGAUUUCCGGGGCAACUUCCCCCAAGCAGUCAAGGUGGAGGGCUGGUCGACCGAGGCUGCGAAAGCAGCCCUCGGCACUGAGCCUGAUCCCAAGGCUGAUGAUGCUGGAUGGGUGCCGUUGGUCCAGGGCGAGCAGCCUUGCAAGGCUGACACGGAACAUAUCUUCGAGGGGCAGGAUCUGGCUAUUUCUGAUCCCCCAGAGGGCCAUGUAUGGACGCACGCCAAGUUGACCAUCAUACCGGAUGGUGGUGCUAAGCGGUUCAGGAUCUUCGGGAGAAGAGCUUAG